AUGGGCAAAUUGGACACCUCCCGAUCAACCUCCUCCCCGGCGCCCACCGCCCGCGGCCGCCUGGCGGUGCUCACGGCUCAUUUGGCUCCACCUGCCGUCGACUCGCCUUCCCAUUUCGCUGCCGUCGAGCGCUUCUGCGUCUUGUCUAACUCCGACCUCCCCACCCACCUUAAGGGCACCCUCAGCAUCGUCGACGAGAGGACCGGGAAGGCGUAUAAAACCUCCGUGUCCGAGCAUGGCACCAUCAACGCCUCCGAUCUCAAGAAGAUAUCAGCGGGAAAGAAUGACAAGGGAAUCAAGCUUUAUGACCCAGGCUACCUAAACACUGCUCCUGUGCGGUCUGCUAUUUCUUAUAUUGAUGGGGAUGAAGGUAUUCUUAGAUACAGAGGCUACCCAAUCGAGGAGUUGGCUGAAAAAAGCACAUUUGUGGAAGUGGCUUACCUCAUCAUGUACGGGAACCUGCCAUCUGAAAAUCAAUUGGCAGACUGGGAAUUUGCCAUUUCGCAACAUUCAGCUGUGCCACAGGGUAUUUUGGAUAUUAUACAGGCAAUGCCUCAUGAUGCACAUCCUAUGGGUGUCCUUGUCAGCGCUAUCAGUGCUCUUUCGAUUUUCCAUCCUGAUGCUAAUCCAGCUCUUAGGGGGCAAGAUCUUUACAAGUCGAACCAAGUGAGAGACAAACAAAUUGCACGCGUUCUCGGGAAGGUGCCAACAAUUGCAGCAGCAGCAUAUCUUCGGUUGGCAGGCAGGCCUCCUGUUCUCCCUUCCAGCAACCUGUCUUAUGCUGAGAACUUCCUCUAUAUGCUUGACUCAUUAGGCAAUAGGGCUUAUAAACCUAAUCCUCGAUUGGCUCGAGUGCUGGAUAUUCUUUUCAUUCUGCAUGCAGAACAUGAAAUGAAUUGCUCAACCUCUGCUGCCCGGCAUCUAGCCUCAAGUGGUGUUGAUGUGUACACUGCGCUUGCUGGAGCUGUUGGAGCUUUAUAUGGUCCUUUGCAUGGUGGGGCAAAUGAGGCCGUGCUAAAGAUGCUAAGUGAGAUUGGUAAAGUUGAAAAUAUCCCAGAUUUCAUUGAGGGUGUGAAAAACAGGAAGCGUAAGAUGUCAGGUUUUGGGCAUCGUGUCUACAAAAACUAUGAUCCAAGAGCCAAGGUGAUUAAGACACUAGCAGACGAAGUGUUUUCCAUUGUAGGGCGUGAUCCUCUCAUUGAGGUGGCAGUGGCUUUGGAGAAGGCGGCACUCUCUGAUGAGUAUUUUGUAAAGAGAAAGCUGUAUCCCAAUGUUGAUUUCUACUCGGGGUUGAUAUACAGGGCUAUGGGAUUCCCAACUGAGUUCUUUCCUGUUCUAUUUGCAAUCCCUCGGAUGGCUGGUUACUUAGCACACUGGCGAGAGUCUCUGGAUGAUCCAGACACAAAGAUAAUGAGACCACAACAGGUCUAUGUUGGGGAAUGGCUGCGGCGCUAUGCUCCGGUGAAUGAGCGAAUUUCGUCACCAGAAACAGACAGGCUAGGGCAGGUGUCUGUUUCUAAUGCAUCAAGGCGACGACUGGCUGGGUCUAGGGUGUAG